GAUGUCAUUAUGUACGUUCGUAUUUACCAUAAUAAACGUACCGUGUAUAUGGCGGCUUGAGCUAGACAAGAUACAUGGGACACCAGAUCGUAACAUUUCAACAGAUGAGGCGUUAGACCUGUUGUAUGGGGACAACCUGUCCGUGAACUUGACAGAUGAGACAUGGGUAUUCACGAUUGAACAGACCUUCCUCCUUCUCAUUAUCUUCGCUAGGUGGAUUUUACCAAAGGGAAGACUGACCAGAGACAAGCUUUCUCAAUUACUCUUUGUCUUCCUCAGCAAGGCAUCUGACGUCACGGAUUUUUUCCAGCUGUUUAACGAGAACCAGGUCAAGCGCGACGACGUAGUUGUGUAUUCUAUUCUUAGUAUCUGGACUCUUAGUGUUCUUCAAUUCAGCCUCGUUUUGACAGAGACAAAAGACAAACAAGCCGGAAGUGACGACAAGGAGACUGACAAUGGUACCAUUAACACCUGUCUCGAGACUGACGUGUGGAGUAACAUUGUGUCUCUGGUUAUGGAAGAAAUACCAUUUUUUGUUGUAAGGAUGUAUGCCAUAGCUUCGUACAAUCUUGUCACGUAUAGUAUAAUUUUCUUCGCUGCUAAGAAUAUGUUAAUGAUUACCAUGCUGGCAUAUCGACUCUUCAGUGUCUUCAAUGACGUACGAGAGACUCGAACGGUUCACACAAAUAGGAUAUCGCCUACACCGAAUCGCACAUCCGGGACAUUUCGAAAAGUUGGGGACUCGUCAGAUAGGGUCGUAAAGCGAGAGGCAUUUGUAGACACAGGAAGUGAU